CCGCGAGUUUGUUUGUGAGGCUUCUUCUAGUGCACUUCACGGGAUUGUACUCUCUUUGCCGCUCCUCGCAGGAAUCGAACCAGCGACCCCCGUGUCUGCGAAGAGGGUUAGGCCAGCAGAGAUGCCGCUUAUGAUGGAUCCCCUGUUUUCGGAGGGCGCAGAGAGCCCGACCUUCAGUGACAGCUUCGAAGACCGGUCGUCGUACCUGGAACAGGUGUGGCUGGAUAUGGACAGUCUGUUGUACGAGGACGUCCCGCCAUUUGAGAGCCCGUUGUACAAGUCUGGUGUGAGCAGCGCGUCGCCGAGCGGAGGGCUGUCGGAGGACGGUUGGAGCGACCCCGAGACAGAGCUGGGCGUGACCGGUGGAGAGUACAGGUGUGAAGUCAUGUUGAAGAUCAAGAGAGAGGCGGACGACGAGACGGUGGCCUGCGAGAGGCUGAGGAGAGAGUCUACCGACGCGGGAUCGCCGGCCUCGCCGCAGUCCGCCAAGUUGGAGAGCGACGCCGCCAGCGAUUCCGGGAUCUCAUCGGCGGGUGGAAGCGUCGCCGCGCCCGAGCCCUUCAUGCCGUCGAACCUCCCGCCGGCCCACGAGAACAUGAAGCGGAACGUUCUGCAGACGGCAUUCAACAGCGUCCUGGAGGAGAUUUUCAACGACCAGACCAGUCAACUCACCGAGACCACAGAUCUGAUCCAGAAAGCGCUGAACAGUUGCGACAUGGAGGGACAAGACAUGGGGGCAGGCGGCGCUUCCCCCGCGUCAGUGGUGCCCAACCCUCCCCAGCACAUCCCCAACACAAACACCGCCUUCACCGAGCAGAAGACCAGCGGGAUACCGCAGGAUCUCAGCGAACUCUUGGAUUUCGACUUCAUCCUAAACGCCGGAGUGCCACAGGGUACGCAGAACAGCUACCCCAACGCGACGUGGUAUUCACACAACUUCCCGGGCGCGUUUUCGACGGCGCAGGGACACCAGCAACAACACAUCCCGACGUCGCAGGCUUACAACAACACUUCCGCGGCAGUGCCCAAGACCGAGGGGAUGCUCCCAGUCAACUACUUCACUCAGUCGCAGCAGCAAGGCCAGAGGCCCAAGCUCUUGCCCCUCUCCCAACUACAGAAGCUCAAGGAGCUACAGGAACUGAGUAAAAUCGCCAGCACGCGACAAGGUCGUCAGGCGGCCUCCUACCAGCACCAGAACAUGUCCCCGCCCACCACACCGGAAGGCGAGCUGGCCUCCUUCGGGGCGCAGCGCCACCCAACGCCGAGCAACGCCACGGCCAACAAGGCCUGGGGCGUCAUCAACUUCCCGGCGUCGUACGGAAGACAAGGAGUAGACAAGAACGGACACCCGAUGUCUCAGACCAUGCACAACAUGCACAACAUGGUCAUCACGCCGCCCUCCUCCCCGCUAGUCGACCUGCUCGGCGGCGGUAAGACCUGCGCCUCCGUCGUAACCCCCGAAGAGAAGCCCAAGAGACAGCGGAGACGGUGGGCCAAGAACAACGGACAGAAACCCACGCACACUUGCCAGUACCCGGGCUGCGGGAAGGUCUACACCAAGUCCUCCCACCUCAAGGCGCACACGAGAACACACACAGGUGAGAAGCCAUACCACUGCAACUGGGAGGGCUGCGGCUGGAAGUUCGCCCGCUCGGACGAACUGACGCGACACUACCGUAAACACACCGGCGUCCGCCCGUUCCAGUGCCAGCUAUGCGACCGCUCCUUCUCCCGUUCAGACCACCUCACCCUGCACAUGAAAAGACACAUGUAAACAUAAAGCAAUCUUUUAUAUAUUAUCUAUAUACAUAUAUAAAUAUUAUAUAUAUAUUCAUAUUCGUUUUAAAAAUAGGACUCCAUUGUUGAAUGCCAUUGUUAUGCCCAUUACAAAAAUUGUCUACUUGCCUUUUUUUAGCAGACACCGUUUUAGGUUAUUGUCGGUAAACUGAAAGUUUCAGUUGGACUGUUUUGUUGCUGUCUCUGUCGAUGCCUCUAUACAAGAUGCUUGAUGUCAAAAAGCUUUUAUACUGUGGAAAGUUUUUGUCGUUGAAAAGAUGUUGGUGCUUAAACAACUUAAGAAAUUAAGGAACCACUACGACAAGUGUUGAGGCUAGAGAUACCCGCUACGCUAAGUGCCAAAAAAAAGGAGAGAACUUUUUUAAGAUUAUGAAAUUAUAAAAAAUUGUGAAAAGACAAUCAUUUUUCGGUAACCCCCCAAAGAUAUAAUGCAAUAUACCAAACAAGUAGGAAAAUGUAAAUGUACAGCUUAGAAUAAGUGCAGGCCACUAUUGAAUUUUUAAAAAAGCUUUACUUCUAUUCACUGCUGUGUAGAUAGACUAGUGUACAGACUGUAAGUCAAUAUAUAUAGAUAUUUCUUAGAGCUUUUUUUGUCUGUCUCAGGAAGUUAAUUCCGUGAACGAGCCAUCUCUUUUUACGUUUGGUGACGGGUUUUAGAUCGACUUUUAAGAGAAAAUACCCUUCUGUAAAUAAGACAUGCAAAGCAUUGUAAAGUGUUUAGUUGGCGAUUAAGAAAGAAAACAUCGGAGAGAAUAAAAAGUUUAUUCAGGUGCUACAACUCUUAAAGGCAUCCUAAAGUUUCCUUUAACUCUAUAAGAAAAACAACAACAAGUGGUGUUGGAAUUUGUUGAUUUGUACAUUCAAUAUAAAUGUUGUC